AUGUCUACCGACCGAGAAGCCACUCCCGAUAUCAAGCCCAAGACCGAGUCAAGUUCCAGCGGGAAAAACAAGUCUCCACGCAAAACGCCUAAGAGUCCGGCCAAAUCGACUAAAACAGUCAGCGGGAGCGACGAGGCUGCCAAAUACAUGAUCAUCGAGACGCUUAUGGAUAUCGGCAAGGUUAACCCUACAGCCGACAUGAUCUGUGCGAAGACCGGUCUCACUAGGGAGCAAGUCUCGAAUCAAUUGAGGCCCGGACGGUCUAAUCUGAGAAGCAAGAUCUUGACCAUGGUCAAAGCCGGAACCAUCUGA